GCCAAGCYAGCCGGCAGCCACACAACCGGGGUACGCGGUCGCACUGUUAUCGACAUAUCGUGGGCGUGUCUGCGCCGUAUAGUUACUACGGCGGCGAAUACCAUGGACAUGAUAUUUCAAUAUUUGUUUUUUUGUUGCCAUAAGCUCGUGAAUUAAUAUUAAUAAUAUUAUCGUAAUUCGUGAAGUGUUUUGUUUGCCGUUUCCAAUUUCCCAUAGAAAAAAGAAGAACGUUCUGCGAAACGGUGCGGAAGGCCGACGGCCACGUCAGUUUCUCUCUCCGGACAAACGAACGAAUCGCGUGGACGGUGCCAGCGCCGCGGCUCCCGGACACUGUCUGCCAAUCACUGCGCAGUGUUGUUUCGGCGUUGUGGUAUACCUACGCGUUUCUUGGUCCAUUGCGGCGCACCACCGGUUGUCGUGUGGCACGCAGGGACGCUAUUAUUUUAGAAUCAUUAUUUUUCCACCGUUGUUUACUCAUUGUGUUGUUGUUGUUGUUCCAGUGUUUCAGUUUUGAAUUAUUUUAGACUACCCACGACGAAAACUCUCGCGAAAUUAUCGUAUUGAUUAUAUAGUUUAAUAUUAAAUAGGUUAUACGAUAGUGUACUUUGUUUUCGUGUUCAACUGACGGUCGCCAAACCGUGUAUCAUGACUUAAUCAAGAUAUACUUAUUGAAUAAUCAGAUAAAAAUAACUAAGUAUCAAAAACCAGCAUGCCCCAGAGUUCGUGAAUAAAAUAGGUAUCUAGUAUCUAAAUAACUGUUACAUUUUUACUUUAAACUAUGCAAUGUACUGACUUUUUUGAUAUCAGUAUUUUGUAUUAGACAUUAAAUCAAGAAUUUAUUUUAUAUAUUAACUGGUAAUUUAAACUAUUAAAAUAGUUUUUUUAUUUUUAAAUAGAGUAUUCCUAAAAUCUUUUUAAAAUGUAUGGAAUGACAUCGGCAAUAAGUGAUGCUCUUCCGACAGACAUUGAUAUACAAUUAACAAAAUCAUUAGAUGAUGCUCUUUCAAGAGAAAAAGUUAUUACUACUGAUGAAGAUUUAUCUCAAAGGCUUGAAGUAUUAUCAAUGCUUAAUAAUUUGGCUAAAGAAUGGAUACGUGAAGUUAGUAUGGAAAGGAAUUUACCUGAAAUAACUGCUGAAAAUGUUGGAGGAUUAGUAUGCACAUUUGGAUCCUAUCGUCUUGGUGUUUAUCAUAAAGGUGCAGAUAUUGAUGCGAUUGUCAUUGUCCCAAGACAUAUAACCAGAGCUGAUUACUUUGCAACUUUUUAUAAUAAGUUAAAAGAAAACCCUAGUAUAAACAAUGUUCGAGCUGUUGAAGAAGCUUUUGUCCCAGUUAUCAAAAUGAUAAUUCAAGGCAUUGAAAUUGAUAUGUUGUUUGCACGUCUUGCUUUAAAAGAAGUGCAUGAAGAUACUGAUUUGCAACAGGACGAUCUGCUGAGAAAUUUGAAUCCUAAAUGUGUACGAAGUUUAAAUGGCUGUCGUGUAACAGAUUCUAUUUUACGAUUAGUUCCAAAUCGAGAAUCGUUCAAGAAAACAUUAAUCGCAAUAAAAUUAUGGGCUAAACGUCAUAGAGUGUACUCAAAUGCUUUGGGAUACCUUGGGGGGGUUUCUUGGGCAAUGUUAGUUGCUAGAGUAUGCCAGUUAUAUCCAAAUGCAGCACCGGCAACUUUGAUACAUAAGUUUUUUUUAAUUUUUUCUAAGUGGCAAUGGCCUCAGCCUGUCUUAUUAAAACCAUCAUAUUUUAUGGAUCUCGGAUAUCCAGUGUGGGAUCCAAGAGUUAACAUGGCAGAUCGUAAUCAUGUUAUGCCUAUUAUAACUCCUGUUUACCCUCAACAAAAUUCAACUUUUAAUGUUUCUCAUUCCACUCUAGCCAUAAUACAAGAUGAAUUUAAAACAAGUCUAGACAUUAUGGGAGAAAUUUUAACCGGAGAAUCAAGUUGGUCAAAAAUUUUUCAACCAUCUAAAUUUUUCACAAAGUAUAGAUAUUUCUUGGCUAUAACUGUGUUUGCAAAUUGUGAUGAAGAAUUACUUGAAUGGAGAGGGUUAGUUGAAUCAAGACUUCGUUUUUUGCCUACAUCUUUAGAAGAAAUUGAAUGUGUCCAAAGAUCUCAUUUAAAUCCUGACCAGUUUGUGCUACCUUAUGAUAAAUCACAAGGAAGGCCAUCAUCAGUUUGGUUUGUUGGUCUAGAAAUAUCUAAGUCGAAUGGCACUGUGGUUCAAUUAGAUUUUAGUUCUCAUAUCCGAGAUUUCUGUUUAUUGGUGAAAAGUAGAGCUCAUGCUAUUUUUAAAGAUGGAAUGGAUAUACAAGUUAAUCAUUUAAAAAGAAAAGACUUGAAGGAUUAUGUACCUGAUGAGUUGAAAAAAGAAAAAGCCAUUCCAAAUACUGUUGGUAGUAAAAUUAUUGCACGGUUAUCGACGGAGGGUAGACAUUCUAUUUCAGAAUUAGAAAAAGAGUCACAAAAAAGUCCUACAUCUAGAAAACGUAGUAUUGAAGAUGAAAUUGAUGACAAUAUAAUUAAAAAAAGCCUAUCGUUAAAUGAAGAAAUGUUUGUGUUGGGAUCAGUAGAAACUCAAAGAAGUCCAUCAUCUGAAAACAAAUCGAACAACCUAGUAAAUACUCUACUAUCAUCUCCAAAAGAAAAUCAUUCUGUAUCAACAGAAAAUGAAACCAAAGAAAAUAUAAAUUUUGUAAAAGAAUCUCUAUUGCUAUCUGAUGCCAAACAUUCCACUAUUGAAUCAGGGAAUUCUCUAACUAGUCCAGUAUCAAAUAAAUGUUGUGCUGAUGAUGAAACUGAUGAAAACGAUCAAAAAAAAUUAAGGCUUCUUCAUCCAACUGUUGCCUAAUUACCCAUGUGUUCAUAUGAUAUUAUUCUUCAAAUAAAUAUAUAUAUAUAUAAAUAAAUAUAUUAAAUAU